CAGCGAUUGUUUGGACUUUUGGAGGCCGUAUGUUUUAUUUUAACGCAUUUUUUCAACGACCAAUCAAGAUUUUUUCCCCCUUUUUUUUAUUGCACAACACUAUUGCCUACCGCCUCGCUGGACGCAUAUCAAAAUUGAGGUUUUUUUAUUAAACGAGAAGGAAUUGGGGUUGAAUGCUGUUUGUUUUCCAGCCAGCACAGCAGCACCAAAGCUCAAAUUAUUAGCAAAAAUAUCACCAGCUGCUUUAAUAUACUUUUUGUGUGUGCCAAUCUGGCAACCCGCGCCCUCACAUCGCUCUGACUGAGCUGUCAGUCCAGUGUUUUUGCCUAUCUGUUUCCCAGAUGCUCUCUAGUUAACAGCGUUUGCUGUCAGCAUCAGAGCCUAGUGCAGAGCUAAAGCUGCGAGUCAUAUCUGUCUGACAGCUCAUCUAUAAAAGUCUUCAGACCUUCCUUAACCUGCAUGCUUUCAGGAGGAGUUGCCAGAUUGUGUCAGCCUGGAAGGGGUUUUGUUGUCCGAAAUCUGGUUUAAUAUGAACAGGACUAGUUAACUAGUUACUUCUUGGCAGCUGAGGGACAUUUUUUAUUCGAUUUUAUCAAAACCAGCGUGUUUAGAUUUUUUUUUUACACCCCAUUUUUUGUACACAUUUCUGGUUUUCUCAAAUAUCAACAAGAACCACAUCUAAACAUCUCCCUCGCUGCCUUAUGCAAGCAAUACUUUGUAUUAAAUUCGCCUGCCUGGGUUCUUCUGGAGGAGGACGAAGCGCUCUGCAGCGAAAGGCUGCUGCUUAUUCUUUUCUGACACGGAUUGUUGGUUUUUAAUCGCUGUUUAUUGCUUAAAAUGACGGCUAUUGAGAAACUGCAGAUGUUAAUCGAAGCAGCUGAAUAUCUCGAUCGCAGAGAAAGAGAAGCGGAGCACGGCUAUGCCUCCAUGUUACCCUUCACCAGCAACAAGGAGAGGGAUGGCUUGAAGCGAAAAAUCAAAAGCAAGAAAAAUUGCAGCAGCAGGUCUACACACAAUGAGAUGGAGAAGAACAGGUAUGUGCAUAUAGCCUUUGUGGCGUUAGUUCUUAUCUGUAAGCCUUCAGUAUUAUACCUCAUUACAUCCUUACUGAUUAGAUUCAGAUUAAACUUCCUCGUCUCAGUUAUUUUGGAGUCCACUAGCGGCCAGAUAAUGCUCAGAGAUGAGUAUUAA